UUCAGAUUCGAGCUAUUGCAUUCGAUUUCCACCUGUUCCCACAAGGUUGGACGUAUGGUGUGCGUGAUACGCCUGCGUAAUAGGUCUGAAUCUGUUGCCCGUCAAUGACCGAGUCACCUUGGCUCAUGUUGAGGUCACUGGCCAUCUAGACUAAUGAGUGACUGUCUUACGGACCGACUGAACUGUCAUCGACUAAUGAAGUACAUUCCCUAAUUCCUUUGAUAGCUUUACGAGUGCGUAUAGCACAAACGUUAGAAGGAGAAACGAGGUAUAAAAGGAGACCACCCAGGACCUCAAAGGGAUAUUUUCGUCAGACAACACAUUCACAGAAACAUCAUCUUCUCUUUGACAUCCAAGCAAUCCAUACACGCAAGUGAUCCUCGCUGCAAGCCAUCCCGCGAAAUCCCAAAAACAAGACAUUUAACUCAAAACAAAGCAAACAUGAAGGGAUCUCUUCUUACCCUCGUCGUCCUCUCGGCAGCGCUGGUCGCUGCGGCCCCCCAAGCAGUCCCAACCCUGCCUCGCGUUUCAGCCCCUACAUUCGCGUCCUCCACAUCUUCAUGGCACAGACCGCAAUCAUCGCAGAGGGUGUCUGACCAUUCGAACCAAGGCUCGAACUCAAACACAGACAGAGCGGCGAACGGCUCGGGCAACCAGAACAACAAUGGCCCAGAAUACGUCAUGGUCCCGGCUGGUACUACUACCGAAUGGGGUCAAAUCGCAGCUGCUGCACCUACCUCGGCCUCGAAUAUGACCGGCGGCAUGGCCAUUAAUGGCACGAACUUCACGCCCUAUGCUGUCCUUCCGGUAUCCAAAUCCAAUGGUGCCCUCGGCACUGUCGGACAACAAUCCAUCUUGGCAGGCUCCUUUGCUUUAGCUGGCGCCGUUUUCCUGCUUUAACGAAGGGUGAAGACACUCUCAACAAGACCUGUCACGCUCAAUUUCGAGCAGACCUGCACCAUUUGAUUCAUUGCACCCAACACAUGUGUUGUACCUCUACCUUACUGUAUUUAUACGCUCAAUGCGAUGUACCGAUCCC